UCCACGGCCUUUACAUUUCGACACGUUACACGACCUUUCAAAUUCAAGAAACAAAUUCAUCAACGGAAAACAGAGUGAGAAGAAGAAGAAGAAAAACCCAGAAACAGAUUCUAUUACCUUCCUUACCCUGUUUCAUAUUAAAGCUGCCGCUGCUGUUUAUCCUCCGCCGUGGCUCCGCCACUCUCUCUGACACACUUCUCUCCUCCUGCUUUUUCCCUCUUCUACCGCAGCCGCCCAUCCACGCCGCUGUAGAAUAUGGGGGUCGAUUACUACAACAUUCUCAAGGUCAACCGCAACGCCAGCGAAGAUGAUUUGCGCAAAUCCUACCGUCGUCUCGCCAUGAUCUGGCACCCUGAUAAGAACCCCGGCGCCAAAAAGCACGAGGCAGAGGCCAAGUUCAAACAGAUUUCCGAGGCCUAUGAUGUUCUUAGCGAUCCGCAGAAACGCCAAAUUUAUGAUCUUUAUGGCGAGGAGGCGCUCAAGUCCGGGCAGGUCCCUCCGCCGCCGCGGGGAGGGCCGCACCAUUUCCGUACCCAGCCACAUCCGAAUCCCUCGUUCCGGUUUAACCCCAGGGAUGCGGACGAUAUUUACGCUGAGUUGUUCGGUGGAGGGUCCUCGUCUGAGAGUAAUGGGCGGGCCAGGGGGACUAGGGAUGGGUUCUUCAGGAGCACGGCUAAUGCUGGCGCAGAGUUCUCCGGAGCUGGUACUGUACCAGGCGCGGCGACUAGGAAGGCGCCGGCUGUAGAGAAUAAUUUGUUGUGUAGUUUGGAAGACUUGUACAAAGGGGUUAAGAAGAAAAUGAAGAUCUCGAAGACGAUUCUUGAUGUUUCUGGUCUGCCUAGAACUGUGGAGGAGAUCUUAACGAUAGAGAUAAAACCUGGUUGGAAGAAGGGCACAAAGAUAACCUUUCCUGAGAAGGGAAAUCAAGAGCCUGGUGUCAUUCCGGCUGAUCUUGUCUUUGUGGUUGAUGAAAAACCUCAUCCUCUUUUCGUCAGGGAUGGAAAUGAUUUGGUUGUCAAGCAGGAGAUAUCGCUUCUCGAAGCGCUCAUAGGGAAAACCGUGGAACUGACUACAUUGGAUGGAAGAAAUCUUAUGAUCCCAUUGACUGAGGUUGUAAAACCUGGAUACGAGGUAGUGGUACCGAACGAAGGAAUGCCAAUAUCUAAAGAUCCACGCAGGAAGGGAAAUUUACGGGUGAAGAUUGAUGUUAGGUAUCCGGCAAGGCUCACUGAAAUUCAGAAACUAGAACUGAGCAGAGUCUUGGAGGGUACCUGAAGAUUAAGUUUUCUCGUUUCAACUCUGGAGGGGUGAUCAUAUCAACUCAAGUUGAAUAUGCAGCUUUUGGGUGUACAUAUAGGAUGUCAAUUAGG